CCUUGACAAAGGUCAGGGGUCGGGUGCUGCUGCAUUGUGGGAUGCUCCUGGGCUUGCAGAAGACGUGUCACAUCAUGGCGCAGGCUUUCUUCAUCUUCGGGACCACUUUCCUGCUCUACCUCGCCGUUAUUCUGGUCGACCCUUCCUUCGGCGACGACCCAAGCAUCGUGCCGUACGACCAGCUAUACGAGGCCGGGAAAACCCACUACACCAGGCAAGAAUGGCUGGACACGAUCCUACACAUGGAGCGAGCCAUCAAGAACUACAAGCUGAGAAAGACCGAGAUGGUGGGGUGUCGAAUGAAGUGUACGAACCACACCAAGAUCGUCAAAGACGUCCUCACGCUAGACCCUCGCUACCCGCACCAUUCUGAGCUGAACUUCUUCGCACAAGUCGUGAAGAAGGCGGAGUGUCUGAAGCACUGUCUGGACGAUCGGCUGGGAGACAUUUGGCAACUCCCCGUCCACGAAGACAUCGAAAAGGAGUUCGAGGCCAGAGUUCCUUACGACUACCUACAACUCGCCUAUUGGAGGACCAACCAGUUGUCUAAGGCAGUUGCAGCAGCGCACACUUUCAUUGUGGCCAACCCAGACCAUGACAUGAUGCGGGACAACAUUGAUUUCUACAAGGAGUUUGAAGGAGUGACCAAGGACAUGUUUCAGGACUUGGAACGAUCAGAACAUGAGCAAAUGUUCUACAAUGGAGUGGCUGCCUACAAUGACCAAGAGUACAAGGAGUGUAAGAAAACGAUGGAGAAGGCCUUAGUACUGUACUACAGGCAGAGACGGAGUGUAGGGUACAGUGUGAGGGGCCCUACAUUCACGAAUACUUCCCCGAGUUCUUCCAGUCCAUCACAAUGCAAGUCAGAUUGCCCAGAGAAGGUUGCCGGACCCAACCAGAAAACCAACUACAAGAACUACCUGCCCAUGCACUACCACUACCUGCAGUUCUGUCUAUAUCAGCUUGGAGAGGUAGUGAAUGCCUCCCAGGCUGCCUCGUCCUUCCUCCUGUUCAUCCCUGACCACGGAGACAUGCUGCAGAACAUCCGCUUCUACCAGAGACAGGCAGACAUCACCACAGAAAACAUGCAGCCUAGGAAGGAAGCAGUGGAGUACUUAGAGAUGUUAACCCUGGAGCAGAAGCUACUGGACCUAGCUCAAACCACAUUCACAUAUGAUGAUGAGAUGUCACUUGAUGGUGAAGAAGCAAAGGAAGAGGAGAAAGAACCCAUCACAGAAGACAUGCCCAACCCAACACCAGACGCCGAGAAGCUGGUUCGCAAGGGGGACCUCGGGAACCUGCCCCAUGAUAGAGCCGCACUUCCCGGCACAAUACCUGGCACCCUUCGUGGCACAAUACCCAACACUGAUACUGUCAUACAGGGGGACAAGGACCCCGCGCUGCAGGGGACAGACAUGGGGUCACAGGCCGAAACAGCAGAACCCACUGAUGCAGAACCUUCAUUUGAAGAGGACAGUAUACAGAGGCCUGCGACAGAGGAAGAGUCACCAGAAGUUUCCAUUAUACUCGACGACUCGGUCAAAACAGAGCUAUAGUAAUGUGUACUACUCUGCCUUCUCAUUUCAGUUCUGUAACCAUUUGACAUUUUUUGUCAUUCAUAUCAUAUUAUCUUUAACAUGCUUAUCAUAUCAUACUAGUAUAUAUACAUAUUAACAAUGUUGCAACAGCUUUUAAGAACUGAGUUGUAUAUAAUGUUAAUUGUAUACAAUGAUAAAAUUUGAACAGCGGAUUGUUAUAACAUUUGUACUUUCUUUUUUUGUAUUUUUGUACUUUUUUCCUCAUGAAUGCCGCUGCUAUGUAAAACCUAAAAUAUUAACAACCUGUGUAUGGCAAAAGUGUAGA